AGGAAGAUGGGAACACUGAGAGACGAUGGGUAAGGGGCACAGGAUUCCUUUUUGGAAGGACUAAAAUGUAUUAAAAUUAAUCAUGGUGGCGAUUGCACAACUCUGUGCAUAUACUAAUAACUAUUGAAUUGUACACUUUAAACUGAUGAAUUCUUUGGUAUGUGAAUUAUAUGUCAACAAAGACUUUACUGGACACAAAAAGCCUUGAACCAUGUUAUCCAAAAAUAUGCUAAUGUAACUGUCUAAUUACUUUUUCUUUAGUUCUUGUGUCAAGGACACUGCAGUCAGAAGUGUCUUCAAAUUGCCACAGUUCUUAACACUAUUUUAGAAUCUUUUAUAUAUCACAAAUGACACCCAAAUGUUAGGUCCUUGAAACUUAGCUGAAUGAUAGCACUUACGAUAAAAGGGACUUGAAGUACACUCAUAAAACACAAGGUCAUCUCCCCUCUGCUUCUUUCCACUUGGCACGCUCUGACUAUUCAUAUAAUGUGUUUACUUUGCCCUGUAAGAGUUGUAUUUUAACUUCUUAAUUGAUUUCUCCUGGGAUAUAAGUACAAGCAAUAGUAAAAUGAAACAGCAAUUUGAAAAGAAGAAUUCAUUAAACCAAGAUGUCUAAGAAAUGGAUUUCAGUUCUGCUAAUACAACUGAGUUGUUACAUUAGCUGUGGAACUUGUGGAAAAGUGCUGGUGUGGCCAACAGAAUAUAGUCAUUGGAUCAAUAUAAAGAUAAUAUUGCAUGAACUUAUUCAGAGGGGUCACGAGGUGACUGUUCUAACAUCUUCGGCUUCCAUUCUUAUUGAUCCCAACACACCAUCUGCAAUAAAAUUUGAGGUUUAUCCUACAUCUCUUACUAAAGAUGAUUUUGAGAUUUUUUUCAUGAAAUUCACCAGGAAAUGGACAUAUGAUCUGCCGAAAGAUACAUUUUGGACAUAUUUUUCACAAAUACAAGAAAUGGAGUGGGAAUAUUCUGAUUUUAUUGAAAAUCUCUGUAAAGAAGCAGUUUUCAACAAGAAACUCAUGAUGAAACUACAGAAAUCAAGGUUUGAUGUCGUUCUUGCAGAUAUCAUUGCUCCUUGUGGUGAGCUACUGGCUGAGCUACUUAAAAUACCCUUUGUGUAUAGUGUCCGGUUCACUUAUGGCUAUACAGUUGAAAAGUAUAGUGGAGGACUUUUAACCCCUCCUUCCUAUGUACCUAUUGUUCUGUCAGAAUUACAAGAUCGAAUGACAUUCUUGGAGAGGGUAAAAAAUAUGAUAUAUGUGCUCUAUUUUGACUUUUGGUUCCAGGCACUUAAUGAGAAGAAGUGGGAUCAGUUUUACAGUGACGUACUAGGUAAACCCACUACAUUAUAUGAGACAAUGGGGAAAGCUGAUAUAUGGCUCAUUCGAACUUAUUGGGAUAUUGAGUUUCCUCGCCCAUUCUUGCCACAUUUUGAUUUUGUUGGAGGACUCCACUGCAAACCCGCCAGUCCCUUGCCUAAAGAAAUGGAAGAGUUUGUCCAGAGCUCUGGAGAAUAUGGUGUUGUGGUGUUUACUCUUGGAUCAAUAGUCAGUAACAUCACAGAAGAAAGGGCCCAAACGAUUGCAUCAGCCCUUGCCCAGAUUCCACAAAAGGUGCUGUGGCGAUUUGAUGGCAAGAAACCAGAUAACUUAGGACCCAAUACGAGACUGUAUAAGUGGAUCCCCCAGAAUGACCUCCUUGGUCACCCAAAGACCAAAGCUUUUAUAACUCAUGGUGGAACCAAUGGCAUUUAUGAGGCUAUCUACCAUGGGAUCCCUAUGGUGGGCAUUCCCUUGUUUGCGGAUCAACCUGAAAACAUUGAUCGCAUGAAGGCCAAGGGGGCAGCAGUGAGUCUGGACAUGAACACAAUGACAAGUACAGAUUUGCUCAGUGCUUUGAAGACUGUCAUCAAUGACCCAUCCUAUAAAGAGAAUGCUAUGAGGUUAUCAGCCAUUCAUCAUGAUCAGCCUGUUAAGCCCCUGGAUCGAGCCGUCUUCUGGAUUGAGUUUGUCAUGCGCCACAAAGGAGCCAAGCACCUUCGCCCAGCCUCCCUCAGCCUCACCUGGUACCAGUACCACUCUUUGGAUGUGAUUGGGUUUCUACUGGCUUGUGUGGCAAUCGUCACUUUUCUUGUCAUAAAAUGUUGCUUAUUUGGUUAUCAAAAGUUUUUUAAGACAGAAAAGAAGAAAAAGAGGGAGUAG